UUAGUUACAGAAGUUUCUUUUAACAAAAUUUAAGAAAAACCAAUAGGUGUAACUAAUGGAGAAGAGUCGACGACUCUCCCCAAUUUGUUACACCGAUUAGUUUUAAUUUCUCAAGUUAUCUUAAAUAAUGAACGUUAAACCUUCAGUCUGUUAAAUUAAUUACAUGGUAUCAUAAUGAUAUAUUGAAUACCUGCUGUUACGAGCCGUGUUAAAAUUCUUAUUUAUAUUAUUAUAAAAAGUAUAAAAGGGUCUAAAAAGGACGAACCAAGAAAAUAUUUCAGAUAUGAAUCCAGAAAUGCAUAAUUUUAUAAUGAAUGAGGUGUGAUAUUUCAUUCAAUAAAAUUGGUUUAGUAGUUUAGUGGAACAUACGAGCAUACAUAUAUACAUAGACUGCCAAAAUCAUUACCCUUCUAUUUAGAAUCGCCGUAGUUAAGUAAAAAUUAAGUAUGAAUUUGAAAGCCUAGACCAAUAGUUCAAACGUACUACUUACUCACUACACAUUUUGAUAAACACUGAUAAGUUUAAUGCUAUACUCGUGCCAGCGGAAAACACGAGAUGACCGAUCCAAUUACUAAGACAAGUGUCCUGAAGAUUUCACAUUUUACGAAAUGUGUGUGGCGCGCUAACAACAGCGCACAGCGUUAAUAGUGAAAAAUAAUAAUAAAAAACUAAAAUGACUAAAGAUCAUCAGAAAAGUAACGUGGAUGCUGAAUCACAGAGCAAAAACAGUGCAGACAGUAAAACAGAGGAAGUAGUACAGAAGCCUCUAAGCCUUGACGAUGUAUUAACGAAUGAGCUGGGACAGUUUGGCUGGUUCCAAUUACGAAACAUUCUUCUUGUUGCUAUCCCCAUUUUGAUGUCUGCUUUCCCGAACGAAUAUGUGUUUUCUGCAGCUGCUACACCUCACAGAUGCCGUAUUCCAGAAUGUGGUGAAGUUAGCAAGUCGCAUAAAUAUGAUCCGGAGUGGAUCAUGAAUGCUGUACCAUCGACAAAUAAAGGACUUGACAGUUGUAAGAGAUUCCUUCCAUUGGAUGUCGAUAGUAACGGAACUUUGGAUUACUGUCCUGCUACUCUAUUUAAUAACACUGCAAAAGUUGCUUGUGACGGAUUUGUAUACACUAAAAACAACACAGUUGUAUAUGAAUUCGAUCUUGGGUGUCAAGAAUGGUUGCGAGCUCUAGCGGGAACAUUAAAUAGUAUAGGUACCUUGCUGGUACUACCUAUAACUGGCUUCAUUUCGGAUCGCUACGGCCGAAGGUUUGCUCUCAUCAUCAGCGUCCUCAACCUGGGCACCAUUGGUCUAAUCCGUGCAUUCUCCGUCAAUUACACAAUGUACUUGAUACUUCAAAUUCUGCAGACGACCCUUGGAGCUGGUACUUACAGCAGUGCUUACAUUUUUGUUACUGAGUUAGUUGGACCCAAAUAUCGAGUAGUCACAAGUGCUACGUCUUCCUCACUGUUCGGGCUAGGCCAGGUGGUCCUCGGAAGUAUAGCCUGGCUAAUAACACCAUGGCGAAAUUUGCUAAUGGCUCUGCAUAUCCCUUGCUACAUUAUCAUAUCAUAUUUCUGGAUACUCUCAGAAAGUCUAAGAUGGCUUCUAUCGAAGAACAAGCACACGGAAGCUAAAGAAGUUUUACUGACGAUAGCGAGAGUAAACAAAAAGAAUAUCAGUGAGAAAUCAUUAAACGCUCUCUUGAAUAAAAAUGAACCCAAUGUUAUUCCAUCUAAAACAGCGGGCCCUGGAUUAGUACGUUCUAUACUGAGAUCACCAGUUUUGCGAAGAAGAGUAUGCACAACUCCUGUUUGGUGGAUCACUGCCAUCUUCGUUUACUACGGACUGUCCAUCAACUCUACUGGCCUCUCGGACACCAUGCAUUUGAACUAUAUACUGACGUGUGCCAUCGAAAUUUCCGGAUUUUACACAGCAGUCCUUGUUUUGGACAGAAUUGGGAGAAAGGCUACGUUGUCAUCCUGUUAUUUAAUAUGUGCUAUAUGCAACAUCGCCUUUGUGUUUAUUCCUAAUGACAUGACCGCUACUCGUCUAAUAGUAUAUUUGCUGGGAAAGUUUACCAUCUCGACUGUAAUGACGUCUAUGUACUUAUAUACAUCGGAGUUGUACCCAACAGAAUACAGACAUACAUUGCUCGCCUUCUCUUCUAUGGUCGGUCGGGUAGGAUCGGUAGUAGCACCACUUACUCCUGUACUUAAGGAGUAUUGGCACGGGAUCCCGUCCUUCAUGUUCGCCAGCAUGGCCAUGCUGUCCGCGCUGCUGGUGUUCACUCAGCCGGAGACGCGCGGCCUGAAGAUGCCGGACUCCUUAGCUGAAGCUGAAGCCAUUGGGAGAUCAGCAUUCACUGUAAACAAGAAAGCUGUAAAAUGAUAAGAUGAAAUAUCUGAUUUGGCAUCUACCAACAUUGCAGUAACAGACAAAUACAAAUACGAAUUUGAGAAAUAAAAUUGAAGUGGCCAAAUUAGACUAUUACGACAAAAUUAUUUUUCAGUAGAGUUUAAAGAUUGUAAAAUAUUUACGUGUAGUUAUAAAUUAUUCAGAACCACACAAUGCUCGCGUGCAUACAAUUUGUCAACUAUUAUCUCUAAGCAAAAGUGUGUCACAAAUGAAAUCUACAAUACUUCAAAACUGUCAUACAAAUGAAGAUCUUGUAAAAGAUAUAUUCCAACAUUAAGAUAAGCAUCAUUUUAAAGACACACCUAGAGAUAAUUCAAAUAUCAAAGAGUGAUCUCAAAGAACAAUUAAUGAUAAUAUUUAAUAUUUCACUUUUUACAUUUGAGCCUAUUAUAUUAGAUACAAUAAAUGAAUAAUUAGGUUAUACUAAUUAAAUAAGUAUUAUCAGUUGUACAUUUUAAUAUAAGUCUAUUUUUUACUAUAAGUAAUAAAUUAUACAUAGCUUUAAUAUAUUAAAUGCAUGGACAAGAAAAGACUAUUUAAUGAAUUUUUUUACGACGAACGUAGUCACACACAAGAUACAGUCGAAUAAUAUAUGUCAAAAGUUACAACAAACUAGAAUAUUUUACAAUUUUACAUAAUUACGAUCCGAGAGCCGUGAUAGCCCAGUGGACAUGAAUCCAAUUCUGCAUCCAAUUCCAGAGAG